UUCUCUGUGAAGGAUUCACCGUUCUUCUACACCCCGACGUAAAUAAACGAUAUAUUCACACCCUAUAUAUGCACAAUACUAUGUAACGUAGUUGCUUAAUUUGUAGGGACAGCCCGCUCAGCAAAAGCUCGAGCUCAGUAUUAUAAAUAGUAGUAUUUUUGUUUUAUUUUCUUUAUCUUUUAAUUUUGUAAACAUAUUAAUACCAAUCACAGAGAUCUGAUUAUUGGCCUUUUUAUUUUUGUAAACUCGGGACUAUAACAAUACCGAAGAAUGUCCUUUGUGAAUAAAAGAUGGGUUUUCCAUAAAUCUGCUGAUAAUACAUUAUAUACACAUGUGCUGAUGUCGGCGUAAUUACACUUUGCACCCUUGAAUUGUGACCGCUUGUUUUUUUCAAUGAUUUGAUUGAAACAGAUGGCACAUAUUAAUUUGUGCAGCUUUGGCAGUUGACCCCCUUGACCAUUACGAGAUGCGUUCGUCGUUGGAGUAGAAAAAAAGGCGUUUCUAAUGUAAGGUUUGACAUUAGAAUAUCUGUGUUCUGUAUUCAUUGAUUUUACUUUCUUCAUUUGUAGUGAUUAAUCUGGAUUGUACGAGUUGUGGGGUCUAAUUUACUUUGGGAUGAUGAACAAUUUCGGGCCACGAUUGAUAAAAAAAGGUGAUAUUUAUCAACAUUCGAAUAAUAACCGGAGACAAAGCCUUGUAGACCCGAAUUCGGAGACUUGACCGUUUCAUCGGCAUUCAGAUAUGUCAGCUCUGUAAAUAUGUUAUCAACACUUCUUGGAAAUUUCUUGAAACUUGCGAGGAAAAUCAGUUUGUCUUUUGUUCCACAUAUUUUAAACAAAAACUCUUGACCAAUAUACAAUCAUCCAACAAUAAUGGAAACAAAGUCAGGUCAACUGUUUUUUUUAUCUUAAUUAUUUUGUUGCUUUCACACAAAAUUUGGCAUAAGAAAAGUAUCAAAUAUCACCGAUCAUUCUUCGUCCGGCUUCGCAAUAAAGCAGAGCUCGAACAAUGAAUCUGCAGAUUCUCUUUCUAUUUAUGUUCUUCCUCUCUACUAACAAUCCAACUUAUUCCACAGGUGAUGUUUCAGUUAGUUGUGGCUCGAGUGCCACCUCAGCAGCACAAGACGGCAGAGAAUGGCAUGGAGAUUCACAUCCAAAAUUACAUUCCACGCUAAAAAUAACGGGCUCGUCAACCGCCUCGACUGUAGUCCGUAAGUUGAUCUCUGCUGAUGAUGAUGAUCCCGUUCCCUACAAAACGGGUCGACUCUCCCUUUCCCGAUUCUCCUAUGCAUUUCAAGUGAAUCCAGGUCAGAAAAUUAUCCGCCUUCACUUUAAUCCCGCACUAUAUAAAGGCUUCGAAAGAUUCAUGGAUUUAUUCGAUGUUGAAGCCGGUCCUUUCACCCUGCUAAGCAACUUCAGUGCUUCUCUUACUGCUAAUGUUCUUAGUGUGAAUUCUUUUGUUAAGGAGUUCUAUGUAAAUAUACAGAAAUCUCAACAAUUCGACGUAGUUUUCUCUCCUGCAAUUCGACGUAGUGAAUCAAUACAAACAUAUGCUUUCGUAAACGGUGUUGAGAUUGUCUCGGUGCCUCUGAGUCUCUCGUUCUUUCAAGAAAGAGAUACUGGAGUCCAAGUGGUUGGGAAGUCUCUGGUCUAUGUCGAUAACAGAACUGCACUCGAACUUAUCCGUCGGGUAAAUACCAAACAGGAUAAUCGUGACAUGUUCGGUAUGUGGGAAACGGUUACUAAACGGAAAGCAAACAAGAUCUACAAUACCACCUGGAGAAUAUCCGUGGAUGUGGGAUUCAGGUACUUGGUCAGGCUUCAUUUCUCCGAGCUAGGAUUCAAGUUAGCGGAGAUUGGCGGUGUUGAUUUUACAGUUCUCAUAAACGAAAUGAUUGCCGAUACUAAUAUCGACAUGGUCGGAGAAAACGAUAGCAAAAAUAGCAUCGCAUGGUACAGGGACUACGUGGUGAUGAUGGAUGUGCACAACGAAGAGGGUAAACGCGACCUCGUGAUUUGCCUCCGAUCAAGUGAUGAAUUCAUCGAUGGAUUUGAAAUAAUGAAGUUGAGCAACCCUUACAAUAGUUUUGCAAGUCCGAAUCCGUUGCCUUGUUCACGUGAUUCGUCAUAUCGAACUAGACAAAAUUUGCAUCGAGUUAUUAGUCGCGGAAAUAUGAUUGCAACUGCAGCGAUAACGUUAAUUGUUGCAGUAAACAUCAUUGUGUAUACAUUGCGACUAAUUUGGGAUGGUAGUGGUACGGAGGAGGAAAACAAUCCAUCGGCCAGGGCAAAACGAACUUGUCGCCGGUUUUCACUAGCUGAGAUACGAUUAGCAACUAGAAACUUCAGUGACGGGCUCGUCAUCGGUAGGGGUGGAUUUGGUAAAGUGUACAAAGGUCUCAUAGAUAAUAGCCAAGUGACUGUCGCCGUAAAGCGACAGAAAUCAAACUCGAAGCAAGGGGCGCACGAGUUUUUGACAGAGAUCGAAACACUGACCGAGCUGAGACAUGUUAAUCUAGUCGCUCUAAUCGGCUACUGUAACGAGCAUGGCGAAAUGAUUCUUGUCUACGAGUACAUGGCAUACGGAACAUUGGGCGACCAUCUCUACAAACUUGCGAGGAAAGGACACGAUUGCCCUUCUCUCACGUGGAAGCAACGCCUCGCUAUAUGCAUCGGAGCUGGUCGAGGGCUGGACUAUCUUCACACUGGCCAUUCACUCGUACAUCGUGAUGUAAAGGCUUCGAAUAUCCUUCUGGAUGAAAGUUUCGUAGCUAAGGUUUCGGAUUUCGGCCUGGCUAAAAAUUUAAGCAGAAGCGAAUCAUUACAGAGCCAUGUCAGCACAAAGGUUAAGGGCACGUUUGGGUAUUUAGACCCGAACUAUUUCACUACCGGCAAACUGACUAGGAAAAGCGAUACGUACGCCUUUGGGGUGGUGUUGUUGGAAGUAUUGUGUGGGAGAGCAGCGGUGGAUUCGACAAGGGUUGCGGAGAACGAGCGAAUUUUGACCAAGUGGGCUCGAGAAAACAUUAGUAAUGGAAAUGCUAACCAGAUUAUAGCUUCGAAUUUGAGGAGCGAAAUCGCAGAGACGAUAGCCUGAAGGUGUUUGUGGAGGUCGCUGAGAGGUGCUUGGACGAUGAACCAAAGAAACGACCAACGAUGGCUCACGUUGUGCUACAACUUGAGUUAGCACUCGAGCAACAGGAAAGCUCGGUAGCUCCAGUACCAAACCCGAUAACGAGUGAUGUCGCUGAAAUCCAACCAUCUGAUGAGGAAAAUAACUUGUCAGUUAGCACUGAGAAACUUACAGUAGUCGCCUCUACCGAUGGUUCCGCUGAACGCCAACUGAAAGAGCAAACCAACAGUAAAGUGGUUAGUGCUGCAACGCACAAACCAUCUCGUAUUUGGGCGUGGGAUGCGUUUUGGAACCGCGUUAAACCAUCCGGAUAUCGUACCACAGAAGCACUGGGGAAACGGACUGCUAAUAUGCUAUCGAUUGAUGUUCCCGUCAUUCCAG